CCCGAGCUGAGCGCCGCCGGCUCCCGCCUGGCCGUGGUGAAGUUCACCAUGAGGGGAUGUGGCCCUUGCUUAAGGAUAGCUCCAGCCUUCAAUGCCCUGAGUAACAAAUACCCCCAGGCAACGUUUUUGGAAGUGGAUGUGCAUCAAUGCCAGGGCACAGCUGCCACCAACAACAUCUCAGCAACCCCCACGUUCCUGUUCUUCCGGAACAAAGUGCGGAUCGACCAAUAUCAGGGAGCAGAUGCCGUGGGCUUGGAGGACAAAAUCAAACAGCACCUGGAGAACGACCCUGGCAACAGCGAGGACACAGACAUCCCCAAAGGAUACAUGGAUCUGCUGCCCUUCAUCAACAAGGCCGGGUGUGAGUGUCUCAACGAGAGCGACGAGCACGGCUUCGAGAACUGCCUGCGCAAGGACCCCUCCUACCUGGAGUCCGACUGCGACGAGCAGCUGCUUAUCACUGUAGCUUUUAGUCAGCCUGUCAAGCUUUACUCUAUGAAACUUCAGGGGCCAGACAACGGGCAAGGGCCAAAAUACAUCAAGAUCUUCAUCAACCUGCCGCGGUCGAUGGAUUUCGAGGAGGCAGAGCGCAGCGAGCCCACCCAGGCCCUGGAGCUGGGCCCCGAGGACAUCAGGGAGGAUGGGAUCAUCCAGCUCCGCUACGUCAAAUUCCAGAACGUCAACAGUGUCACUUUGUUUGUCCAGUCCAAUCAUGGUGAUGAAGAGACAACACGAAUCACAUAUUUCACAUUUAUUGGCACUCCAGUGCAAGCCACGAACAUGAAUGACUUCAAACGACUUAACUCCCCAUUCCCAAAGAACUAAAAGGGCAGAAGAAAUUAAAAAGUAGUUGGCAAAAAAGGAGAGAGCCACUAGGAAGCAAAGCCACUGGAAGGCCUUAUCCCAGUCCAAGAUUCCCCCUUUUCUCUCUGACUCCUGGAUAAUUGCUUGACCAUAACCAGAGACUGUCAGUUUGAUUUACUGCCAUUUCCAAUAAAUCAUUGCUUUGAGCUGGAGUGUGUUUCUGGUGUCCUCCUCCUCCUCCAUGGAUUUGUAAGUAAAAUUCCUGAUUUUUGCCAAGUUGAAUUUUGUAAUUCCAACAGUUGUGGCUCUUUUAUUCUAUUGAAACUUCCUGACUCCACUGAAAAGCUCCACAGAAAAUGUGUGCUCAGAGUUUCUAAUGUCAGAUACAAGAGAAACCUGGGUUACUCUGGAUCAUUAUUGCCACUAAAUAGAGAUAAUUCUCGGAUAGGAGGAACUUCACUUGUUUAAUUCCCAUUUCCCUACCAAAUCAGAGCAGAGGAAGCAGAUUUAAAAUCUUGACUUCCAAGGAAUUCCUGAGUCUUCCAAAAGUGUUUUUUUAAAUUAGAAAUUUCUGCUCUUGUUUCCCAGGCAGGCUGGGAUUUAGAUGUUGUUCCUGAUUUAUUUUAUUGGAUGUUUUCCCUCUCUCUGGAUCUCAGUAAGGAAAUAUUUAUUACAAAUAUUAAUUUUCCAUCUUAAUUGGAAUUUUUUUACUACUUAGGGCAUACUUCCAAGAAAACUUACCAAACUAAUGUUAAUAAAUCAGGCAUUGAUCAGCACCAUAUCCAUAGAAUUCUCUGAAUUCCCAGGAAAACUUACUAAGUGUUUAAUUGCCAUAAUUAAUUUCUUUGUUCAGUUAAAUUUACUGCAUUUUUAAUUACACAAAUCCCAUUAAAACUUAAAUCCUGGCCUAAUUGCUGUUCCUUGGGCACAGUGGGGUGGUUCUCUUCUGCCUUGGCACAUUUGGAUGUUCAUCCCAAGUGAAUUUCCUGUUAAAAUAGAGAUAUUUCUUUUUCCAAAGAAAACUGGGAAUUAUCUAUAAAGCCUAAUUUUCUGAGAGGCACUGGUUUGUUCCCACUCUCACUGCAUAUUCCAGGAUCCUCAUGGAGCUGUGUUAAUCAAUGGCAUGUGAUGACAGCUUGACUCUCUCCUAAUUCCUUACUCUUUUGUUUCAAGGGAUGUAAGACGUGGAAUUGUAAAUAGAAAUAAACCAUUUUUAAUACGAAUAA